ACGACGUUGGUGUGUAAAGUAAACUUAGUAUGAACAAACUUACUUAACAUAGAUUUUUCACUAAGUCGAUUUUAGUAUUGAAGUGAGUGUGAAUGUCCACGGUGUGAUGAUCAAUUGCGCACCGUUCGACACAAAUCACAAAAAUUUGUGAAAAAAAUGGCACCGUCGUCAAUUUAAUUUAUAUUUUUUUACACACAAAAAGCAAGACACAAUUAAACACACACUAUAACAGUGCAAAAGUUACACAAAUUUCAUGUACAUUCCUUGAACGUUGACGUAAGCCGCCUCACAAUUCCAAAACAUACUUGAUUCCUAAUUAAUUGCACACACAUAGAAAAAACCAAACUCAACCCUGGUUACUAGUGUUUUUUUUAGUGGUUUAUAGAAUGUUGUGGAACUUUUUGAUUCUUAUAUCUCAGUGGUUUUAAUAGUUUCUAAAUGCUAAGUUAUAUGUUUGAUUAUUACGCGACCCUGGAGGUGUUACGACGUAUGUAAUAACAUGCCCGUUAGCACGGGCUUACAGUUACCAACAUCGUCAACGUCUUCUGGAAGUCACGUUGGAGAACCCAGAGCCAAGCGUUGUAAACAUUGUGACGACAUUAACAACGUUUUCAACUACGAAUCAUAGUAUUUAUUUUGUAUUUUUACUGGUAUUAAAAUGGAGACUGGUAUAAGUGAUAUCAAUACACUACUCAAAUCAAUGACACCUGAAUUAAGUGAUGCAGAAUAUGUUUUCACAACUAUUUCUUAUAAAGAAAACCUACCUGAUGUAACAUUUGCCAUUGGAAUGUUUAAAGAACGUGAAGGGACUACAUUUAUAUUUCCAAAGGAUUAUUUACCAUCGUCUAUAUCAUCAAAAUUUGUUGUAGGAAAUUUUCGCAUGAUCAGUUUAAAUGUGCAUUCAAGUUUACAAGCUGUUGGUUUAACUGCAGCGAUUUCCAAAUCAUUAGCUGAUAAAAAUAUUAGUGCUAAUAUUAUUGCAGGGUUUUAUCAUGAUCACAUUUUUGUUCCAACAGACAGAGCCUCUGAAGCUAUGGAAAUUUUAAAAUGUUUACAGGAACGUAGUUCUUAAAAUUUUUGAU